AUGUUCAAAGGAGCUAGGAUCCUAAUAGCUCUAAUCGUCUGCAUUCUUUUGUGGAGUGCUGUGUCCUACACUAUUUCCUUCUUUUCAUCUCCAAGUGACUCCAAAGUUGUUAAACAGGUUCAAUUGGAUACAAUUUUUGAUAAUGCACAGAUCAACGGAUUGCUCAACAACGAGAUGCCCAACCUUCUCAAAGUCAACAAGAAACUCCUACAGGACUUUAGCAUUUCAAAGCCAUGGACCUUUGAUCAAAUUACUGAAAAAUUUCACAUCAGAGGAGCUUCUACCAUGAUUGCAAGGGAUAAGAUUAGACUGGUCAGGGAUUCUCCUCAACAAGUUGGGCUGAUUCAAUCCACCAAACAGUUGGAGGUUUCGAAAUAUGAGUCUACCUCGCUGGAGAUUGACUUCAAUAUCAACUUUGAUGACGAUGCGAAGAAACGUCUCAGUAAGAAACUUUACGGAGACGGUGUAGGUGUUUGGUUGAGUGAAAAUGAACUACACUCAGGCGCCGCCUUAGGUGUUGAUGAUACAACUUUCAAGGGUGUUGCUGUGUUGAUUGAUACUUAUCAAAAUUCUCCAAGUGCCUCUAAACUGGGCAAAUUCCCUCGUGUGUCUAUUCAAUAUUCUCAAGGUGGUGGUUACAUAUAUGAUAAGGGUCAAGAUGGAAAGUCAAACUAUGAACUCGGUUAUUGUAACUUGAAUCUGAAAUACUUGAAUUCUCCUUCAAAAAUGAGAAUAACCUAUUUGAAAGAUUCAGGGUACCUUUCUUUGGACUUUGGAGCCAAGAAAAAUGGCAUGCCUGGCUCCGAAUGGUUUAACUGUUUCACUAAAGAGGGUGUGGUUUUGCCUGAAAAAGUUUACUUAGCAUUGAGUUCUGAAUGUGGCGCAUUACAUCACAACUCAGACAUCCUGGGAAUUGAAUGGAACGCUUUAACGGACGAACAUGGUGACGUGCUGUCAUCUAUCAGCGACCUUUCGAAUAUACUAAAUGACGAGUAUAUCGAUGAGUAUGUUCAAAACGAAAGCGAAAAUGAAGUCAAGGAAAGAAUUGCCAAGCAACGCCAUAGAAGGCUGACAAAAGAUAAACGUCCAGAACCAGAGGCUUCUGAAAGAAGGAAAACAGCUCAACGACUAAGGAAGGCAGAGGAAAGGCUGCGAAGGCAGCAUCGUGAAAAUAACCUAAACAAAUAUGGCUAUGAGUCAAGGUUGACAUACUUUCUUCAAACAGUAUGGCUUCUAUUAAAAUGGACAUUUAUUAUCAUAAGCUUUUUGCUAGUGGGUUUUAUAUUGUACAACCGAAUCCGCAAGCUGAAAAAGAAAACUGGCGGAUUCAUUGUAUAG